AGGGCAAAUUACUCACUGGUAUAAUUCUGGUGUGUGAGUAUGCACAGAACACAUUUUUUUUUCCUCCCCGAGUUAUUAUUCUUUGAAAAAAGUAGUUGUCAAGAAAAUAGAACUGGCAUAUAAAACUAUCGACAGUCAAAUCGUAUUGAUCGAAAGUUUUCGGACGGAUUUAUAAAAGUGAUGACACACUAGAUUCAUCAGUUCAUCUAAGAGGAAGGUCUAAUGCUUCGGGCAAAGAUGAACUUGAUCUAUAAAUAGAGGGAUGUAACACUUUAUCCAGGCCAAAGUGAUUUUCAAUGAGAUAUCUGCACUUCGUUGAUGUAGUGUUUGAUCUGAUUUGUUCCAGUCUUUCACGUCUGCUGAUAUUUGGAUAACGUUUGUGAGUUUUUGUUGCCGCAAAGAUUAUCUCUGAUUUGACAGUUUCAUAAAAUGAAAAACACGAAAUUAUAAUAAGAUGAGCAACGAGAAGUCAGAGAUAGCCAGUUCUGAAACUCGAUUCAGUAAACUUCAUAAUACAGAGACUUCAAUGACUGAAGAGACCAUGAGAGCUUCCAGCGUCCACCCAGUGUCCAGGGAACAUGAGAAUAAUGUUGGUGUUCCAGACGAUGCGGAUGGCGUUGACCCACUCACACCUGAAUCGUUUGCUCCCUUGUUAUCAACGAAUCAGUUCCUGGUUAGGAAAAUGGCAUCACAGGCCUUGAUGGAUGUAGCGUUGAUGAUGGCGAAUAUAUCACAACUACGAACCCUUAUAUACGCAGGUCCAAGUCACAUGGAGUACUAUUACCCGCUGUUAAGUCUCGUCUGUCUCUCGCUUGCUGCCCAGCUUGUCUUCGCGGUUCUCAUCUUUGUCAUCUGGGUCAGAGAAAGUGACCAACACCAAAGGCAAGAGCAUUACAGGAUGGCUGAAGCCAAGGCUGUUACGAACCCCGACGAGCGGGCCAGGCUGUCCAAUCUGAACCGGGAUGAGGAGUUCCGGACGCAGCGGCUGACCAACCAUAUGAAUUACGUCACAAUGGUCCUCGUGUUUCUGAUCACCGUCAUCAACAUGUUCAUCACUGGGUUCGGCAUCAAACUGGACUACGCGGAAACAAAGGCACCUCCUUAGUAGCUGCUGCUAGCCCGGGAAGGUCCAAGACUCUGACCAGUGAGAAUCGAUUUGUAAGGGCUGACAAGUAUGUGUGUCAUCGUGGGAUAAUGACAAGACUGUUGAGAUAUUUGGCACAAAUAACUGCAGUGUUAAGCUGGUAAACAUAUACGCUUUUUUUAAUGUACUUUCGAAAGGAGAAAGAAAGAGAAAGAAAGAGCAAUAGAGAGAGAAAGAGAGAAAGAAUGAGAGAGAGGGAGGUAGAGAAAUAGACAGGGAAAAAAAGGAAAGAGAAGUAGUCAGAAAGAAAUGAAUGAAAAAGAAAAGAACAACAUAAAUGAAAGGGAAAGAAGAGAGAGGGAGAGCGAGAGAGAAAUAAAAGAGAAAGAGAAAACAACAUGGAAAAUGAGAGAUAAAGAGAAAGAAAGAGAAAUGGAAAGAGAGAUAGAUUAAGAGAAGAACAGAGGAGAGAGAGAGAGACAGAGAAAGACGGCAGAAAAUCAAGACAUAAAAUUUUUUUUUAUCGAUUCAUGUUUUGUUAGGUACAAUAAAUAAUUGUUUGAAGUUUCAACAUGAUCCGAGAUUGGGUGUGGGAGACAUGAAGUGUACAGGCUUUAUACCCAGACAGAGUGAGUGAGUUGAUAUACGCUUUGUAAAGAGUGAGAGAAUUAUGAAGGAUCAAAGAAUGAAAAAAAACAACAACAACCUAUUAACAUUGUCUGCUACUAGUUUUCUCAAAUACAACAUUUAGACUUUAGUUUAUCUGCAAUACUCUGCUAAAGAAUGUUUUAAGAAUGAAUACUGUUAUUACUGCAGACACUUUAUGUCACAAAUUUCUGUUUCACUGAACCAUUGAAUAAAUAGACUCUCUCUCUAUAUAUAUUAAUUUAAUGUCAUUAAAAUCUACAUGAAAACAAAUGUCACUGCUUAUUUUAUACAAAUUUACCAAUGCAGUUAAAAUGUCAAGAGCACAAUCAACAUUAGUGCCACUGAACUACUUACCUAUAUAAAUCCUAGUUAAAAGGACAACAUCAUGUGGCAAUUAAUUAAUGUCUAUAAAUAGCUCUAGACUCACACUGACACGCAAACGAUAUAGCUAGGGGGGAUAACUGCCGCAUAACAAUGAAAUAUUAUUAACAAUGAGCAGGUGUAGUCACUUACAUGCUAACAACGUUAAAACAGUGUUACAAUGAGGAUAAUUAAAAAUGUUAGUGGCUCACUAAAUGUGGAACAGAAAAAAAAAAGCGCUACCAUCCUCUUUUAUUUCAAUAAAAUAAUGUUGGGAAAUGUCAUGAUCAAAGAAUCAUUGACUGACAAGCAUUGGUGCCUUAACAGCCAACAGUCAACCAAUAUGGCCGUCUACCGUUGGGAGCCCUCAGACAGGACAGGGGUGAAGAGCCCCAUGUCCAGGCCUGGUGGUUGGAUAAAAGCCUUUCUAACCAUCAACGCCGACGCCCUACUGGACUUCACUGAAGGUGCCUUAACAACAAUUCAUAGUAUUUAUACAAUUAGUAGGGUAUGUCCACCGACAUGUAUAUUGUCAAAGAUCUUGACCAUUUGUAUUAGCUAAUAUGUUUAAUUGAUCGGUGCGUGGCAGCAGGUCUAGUCCAUUGGUUUACUAGAACUACUAGUCCAAGUGUAGGUCAUUAGAGCGUGCCAGCUCAUGAGAACUAUCUCUCACGACAGAGUAAGUUGUGUUGCUUCGUACUAUGGAGUUGAUAUAGCGAUAUAAAAACCUCUCGUAGAUUAGACAUGCUACAAUAAUUGUUUACAUACGACUCUUAUAAGUGUGUGUGUGUGUGUUAAGGGUAAUUUAUGUAUGUGUUUUUUUUUGUGUUGUAUGUGUAUGACUAUAGGUAUGCGUCACUAAUGCGUGUUCCCAUUUCAUAAUGUACACAUGCAUACAACAUUCACGAGAACAAUAGUGGGACAGUGUUCAUUUUUUUUUCCUAUGGUUGCUCUAUGUUUUACUUUUUAAAAUAAAUGCGUUUGUGUGUGUGUGUGUGUGUUUGAUGUACACACUUGUUGUGAUAAUAUUAAACGACUUCACAUGAAUGCAUGGUAUACGUGAAGUGAACUCUACAAUUGUUAGACAUUCUAUAACUCGACUUUUUUUGUCUCUGUAUUAUAUUUCAUAUUUACAUAUUUCCUAUUACUGCAUGAAGUAUAUUCUAUGCAUAUUUUAUUUAUAGCGCUGUGUGAAAUGAAUACGAGUCUUUCAAUAAAACUACAUACAAUUUACA